UUUUCCAUGUUGCUAAUGUUGAAAUGAGGAAGUGAGAAGGGCUGCUGAAAGCCCCGUGAAGAGCUGCGCAGUUCAUAGCACUAUGAAAAGGGGAAGUGUAAGCAGCAGCAGAGUUUGCAAGGCACAAGUCUGAAAACAGAGACGAACAGAUUCUUCUUCCGAGCAGGUCUGAUCAGAGGUGUUACAUUAUGGCUCAAGGCUGCCUCAAGUGUUUAAAGUACACCAUGUGUAUCGCCAAUUUCCUUUGUUUUAUGUGUGGUGUGGCAGUACUGGGCUUUGGUGUGUUCAUGAUGGUGAAUGUCAGGGUGGAGGCACUCACUCCUACCUUGGCCAGUUUCAGUGUGGCCAACAUGCUGCUGAUCAGCGGCAUUAUAAUCACCUGUGUGUCCUUCCUGGGAUUCCUGGGUGCUCUGAAGGAGAACCGCUGUCUCCUCCUGACGUUUUUCCUGCUGCUGUUCUUCCUGAUGUUGGUGGAGCUCACUGCAGCAUGUUUGCUACUCAUGUUCGAGGGAGAGAUUGCUACACUGGUGAAAGAUGAUCUCAACAAAGGUUUGACUAAAGCCAAAAGCGGAAAUUCAACUAAGGAGAUGAAUGACUGGAAUCUGAUUCAGACCAAGUUUGACUGCUGUGGAGUCGACAAUGUGACAGACUGGGGAGACAAAGUGCCUGAGUCUUGCUGCAAGGAAAUAUGUAACGCCUCUGAUCCCAAAUACAGGGAAAAGGGCUGUUUGGUAAAAUUGAAGACCAUGUUUGAGGAAAAUUUCCUAACUACUGGGAUUUCUGUCAUCGUCCUCUGCAUUAUUGAGGUUUUGGGAAUGUGUUUCGCCAUGACGCUCUUCUGCCACAUCAGUAGAUCUGGACUGGGCUACAAGUUAUAGACUAGUGAUAGUCAAAUGGUGUCCUGUGGGCCAAAUUAGGUUCUCCAACAAAAUAUUUGGCUGCCCAAUGAAAGUGGAAAUUUUAUAUAGAAUAUUCAAUACAUAUGUACAAUGCUAAAAAAAAAAAAAAAAAAUUGACAUUUGAGGUUUCAUCUCCAUUGUGCCUGUAGAACUAUGUGAGCCCUCAGUUGAACAGUAUUGAAAAUACAGGCCCACAGCUAAACCUGAUUGAUGACCUGUUACAAGCCACUCUUAAACAUAUACCCUUUAUCUUUGUAUUAUUGAGUUAAUCAUUGUACACUUUUUGUCCUAGGAAAAGACUAGGAAAGACUUUUGUGAUUAGAAAUUUAUUUUAUAAUCACAGCACUGACCUCUACAAUUUUUUAAACCAUGAUCACAUUUUACUCUAAAAAUACUUCAUAUGUGGCACUGGCUACCUGUUAUAAUGAGAUCAAGCUAUGUAAAAUGCAAUUUCAUUAUGAGCUGUGUGAAACGAAAGCAGUUUUGUAUGGCUUACUUGUUGCCAAGUUUCUCCUUUUAUGUCUAUACUUUAAAGAGAACAAACCAUCUUUUCUGUAAAAACAACUCAUUCUUCCACAAACUUUUCAACGGCAACUUUUGGAAAUCUGGUAAUAUACAAAUAAAGUGUUGUUUAUAGAAUUAAAA